CUGCUGCACAGGUGAGCGUGUUUCAAACAGAGGAAACACACAGUGAACAUAUGAACAUGUUUUCGAACAUCAGAGUAUUUUUCUGCCUGGUCUGUGGAGCUGUAGCAGCAGCUCAGGAGUUAAACUGGAACAUUCAGGCUGGAGACCAGAGACCAGAUCAACCCAGAGUCCAGGAACCAGCAGCCGUCCAACAGGAAAAACAGUCUUUCCAUGAACCGUUAGCUUGGAAGUUUCCGGAGCCGCCGGCUGUGGAGAAACCUCCACUCCCUCCAGAUUUUGAGCUGAAGACUCCGACGCCGGCCAACAGCAUCAGCGCCGUCUGCGGGGAGAACUCUGUCCGGGUGGAGGCCAAGAAAGACCUGCUGGGGAUCGGUAAACCUGUCCAGGCUGAAGACGUCACUCUGGGAGGAUGUCCUGUCACCAGGGAGGAUCCUGACAAUCAGGUCCUGGUGUUUGAGUCAGAGCUGCACGGAUGUGGCAGCCAACUGCUGAUGUCCGAGGACUCCCUCGUCUACGUUUUCACACUGAUCUACUCCCCGACUCCUCUGGGUGGCAGUCCCAUCAUCCGAACCAGAGAAGUCUCUGUCAACAUCCAAUGUCACUACCAAAGGAACCAUGAAGUGAGCAGUGGUGUGUUGAAGCCAACCUGGAAUCCGUUCAGCGUCACCAAAGCUUCAGAGGAGAGUCUUUACUUCUCCCUCAGACUCAUGACUGACAACUGGCAGUUUGCUCGUCCGUCUGCCGAGUUCCUGCUGGGAGAUAUGAUGAAGUUUGAAGCUUCGGUCAAACAGUUUCAUCAUGUCCCUCUUAGGGUGACGGUGGACGGCUGCGUGGCCACCGUGGUCCCAAACAUCGACACCGUCCCUCGAUACGUCUUUCUGGAAAACAACGGGUGUCUGUUUGACAGUCAGCUGACAGACUCCAGCUCUCGGUUCCUGCCUCGGUCUCAGGAUGACAGGCUGCAGUUUGAGCUGGAGGCGUUCAGGUUCCAGCAGGACGACAGCGGCGUGAUCUAUAUCACCUGCAGUCUGAGAGCCACAGCAGCUGCUGCUGCCGUUGACGCCACCAACAAGGCCUGUUCAUUCUCAAACGGACGGUGGAUGGAGGCCAGUGGCAGCCAUGAUGCCUGUUCCUGCUGUGAUAGAAACUGUAAGACAGGAGGACAGAGUCACCUGACUGGAACAGAUGCUCAGUGGGAACAGGAAGCAGUUGUUGGACCAAUCACAGUGAGGGAGAGACCUCUGAGCUGAAAAACACACAAACAAAUAAGUUAAAUGCAAUGAAAUUAAAGCUGUUAUGUUGUGAUGAGA